GCGUGGAUUCUGACAAAGCGCUAGGUCGCGCUCCUCGUCGUCUAGCAACUAGAACUGGCCUCUGCCGCCAUUGGCCGAGACUUGUGGGCGGAGUUUAUAUCGUAGUUGUAAGCGUGUGGCGGAUCCUCAAGCAGAGGCCGGCCCAGGAAGAGGAGAUGUAGCGUGUUGAUGGCCCUGGAGCUAGGCUCUGUAAAGGGGAGGCGAGGUCAAGUCGAGGACGGAGCCUGGUCUAUGACUGACAUCUAAGUGGCCGAGGUUCUGGAGGCGGAACUGGGUAGUCACUUCCCAGUGGAGACCGGGGGCGGGGCCUUGUCUGGAGGCGGGGCCUGAGCCCGGGGGUGGGAGUGAAGUUACGGCCCGAGCGCGCGCCGUUGGUUGGGUAUGUGGAGAGGAGGGUACUGAUGACGCCGUUGGUUGGUGCGCGGCUGGAGGGCGUGGCCCUGGCGGCGCCGUUGGUUGGUGGGCAGCGGCGGGCCAUGGCCCUGCUGUUGUGCCUGGGGAUGGCCACAGCGCUGGCCCAAGGCUGCCUGCACUGCAACGGCAACUUCUCGGAGAAGUUCUCCUUCUACCGCCACCACGUGAACCUCAAGUCUUGGUGGGUGGGUGACAUCCCCGUGUCUGGGGCGCUGCUCACCGAGUGGAGUCAGGACACGAUGAAGGAACUACACUUGGCCAUCCCAGCGGAGAUCACCCGGGAGAAGCUGGACCAAGUAGCCCAAGCCGUGUACCUGAGGAUGGACCAGCUGUACCAGGGGAAAAUGUACUUCCCAGGGUAUUUUCCCAAUGAGCUGCGAGCCAUUUUCCGGGACCAAGUGCACCUCAUCCAGAAUGCCAUCAUCGAAAGCCGCAUCGAUUGUCAGCGUCAUUGUGGCAUCUUCCAAUAUCAGACCAUCUCCUGCACCAAUUGCACAGACUCACAUGUCGUCUGCUUUGGCUACAACUGCGAGUCAUCAGCACAGUGGGAAUCAGCUGUAAAGGGUCUUCUGAGUUACUUAAAUAAUUGGCACAACCAGAAUACCAGUGUGAGAACCACCCCAGCCUUCCUGACAUCACCAAGCUUCACUUGUCUGGAGCCCCAGCAAUUGGCCAACCUGACUUUGGAAAAUGUCUCUGAAUGUCUGACCCAGCACUGACAAGGACCUGCCUCAGGCUACAACAGGGGUCAGGACUCAGCUCAGCUAUCCCAGACUGGGAACAAGCUGGCUGCCAUAUUGAAUUUCCCCCUCUAUUCUUGUGGAGCUCAGCCUGGGUUGUGGGUUGUGGGAGGGAGAUGGGUUUGUGUAUUGAUAGCAUUGGCCCCAGCAGGGCCAAAGAACAGUUUGAUGGGGCCAUUAAAGCGUCCUAAUUUCUUAUUGAA